GCACGUGUCAAUAUCGACACACCGUGGAGGUACGGGCCGCAAUACACCUUCCACGUUCAGGUGAACUCGACGGCGAUACCGGAGGAAGGUAGCUACAUGAGCAUCCGGUUGAACGUCGCCUCGAAGCUGGUGUGCAACCCGAAGGGAUUGUACGUUCUCAGUUGUCACUUUCGCGACUCGAAGGCGGACAGUUACGCGACGGACAGUCUGGAUCCAGGAUCACCGGCGAUCCCGGUCAGCGAGGUGUCGCGUCAAGAAGCAUACGAGAUCAAUCAGGAUCAAUUCGAGAUCAGGUUCAGCCAGCACGGGCUCGACAGCCUCGUGGUGAACGAGAAUAUACAGCCACGGGAGCUGGACAUGAUCAGGGUGAUCGUCGGCCAGUUGAACAUCGGGGCCCUCGUCGGCGAGUACGAUCAAACGUUCGAGCUGAUGGAGAACUUCACGCAGGGCGAGUGCGUGACGAUAUUCUCGGUGGAACGGAACGUCGUUGAUCACGAUUUGCGCGUGAAGCGUGACUACAUUCUGGAAACGGUGUACGGGCUGAAGAACGGACAGUUAGUGCAGAUCAGGAAGAUCAGGAAUCUUCACAUGUGCACGCACAAGGUGCCGUAUUUCUUCGGCAGCGCCGAGAGCGUGAGACAAGUCAGCGACGUGAUGUCCACGCUUAGUUCGUCGGAGAGUCACAUCGUGAUCACAUCGACCGAGUUCAUAUCUGGCACGACGAAUGUGAUAACCGCCAGCAAGGUGUCCGAAGGAACGAUCACGACUUUGUACGAGAACAUAAGCGUAAGAUUAGAAUCGAUCUUGCCAGCAGCGAGCGAACCACCUGAGGUGAAGGAUCCCGAACCGGCUAGUAUGUUCAUUGGAAGAUGGCUGAUAGAAAAUUCGAUGGAGGAUCACUUGUCGCUCCUUGUCGUUCCAGCUGCGUACGUCCCGGCCAACACCGAUUGGCAACGAUACGGCCCAGAAUGCACUUACAACGUCCUGGUGAACAUGUCUCUGGCCAACGUCGUCGACGAGGGGGACAAUUUCUGCUCUAUGAUCGGGUCAGAGUUGAAGUGCCGGCCGAAACACAGUGACACGCUGAGCUGUUAUUUCGCGAACGGAAGGGUGGUCAGGCCGAAUGCGAACGACGCGAGGUGCACGAAUCGGAGGAACUUCGUCCCGAUCUCCGACAGAUUCGUCAGCGGCGAUCCGUUCGAGAUCAGAUUCAACUCGAGGGGAAUAGAGAAUCUAGUGGUCUCGAGGAAUAUUCGUAGACGAGAGCUGGACAUGAUAAGAGUUAUUGUUGGCCAGCUGAACGUUGGCUUCCGACUAGAGGAGGAGGUGGAGGAGAAUGGACGCGAUCGGUUCGUUACCAUGGAGAACUCGAGCAUGGGAUACUGCGAGGUGGAGCUUAAAGUGUCAAGGGCAAGAUACGAGGGUGACAUGGGGCAAAGGGAGUUUGAGAUUGUCUUUGAACCCGAACCACCUGAUACGAUACCCUUGAAUGCAGCGAGCCUCACGAUAGACAAGGUUAGACAGCCUACGCAGUGCCCUAACAGGAAGAUAUACUUCUUUGGGAAUAACGAGGACUUCAGUCUUGCGAACAACAGCGUUUUCAUGAACAUGACUACGUCCACUAGCCAGAUGUACAUCUCGAACAGAGAGAUGUACUCGUUCACAGAAGUCACGGGCGAGCUCGCGUCGUCAAAACUGAUGCCGAUGUAUCAAAAAAUAAGCUUGUCCUUACAAAGCAUAACUGCUGCUCGAGGUCCACUGCCAGAAAUCAGACGUCCCGCGUCCACUAGUUUAUACUCGUACACUAAUGUG